UAGCUUGUCAGGGUGCUUGUCAGGGUGCUGUGUUCUGUCUAGGGGCCAGCCUGAUUCAGCAGGUCUCUACAUAACGAAGUGGCCAUUUCCGCUUCCGAUCCACAGCUUCAAGCCAAGGCCGGCGUCAUGGACCCUGGCUCCGACAUCAUCGAGUACGAGAGGCCCGGCGUCGUGCGCGUGUACAAGAGCGGCCGUGUCGAGCGCUUCGACGGCACCGACACCAACACCGUCCCGCCCUGCCCCUCCGGGGACCCCGCCAAUGGCGUCGUCUCCAAGGAUGUCGUCCUCGACGCCUCUGCCAACAUCUCCGCUCGCCUGUACAUUCCGGCCGCGGAGCCUGGCAAGAAGCUCCCCGUCGUCGUUUACUUCCACGGCGGCGGUUUCCUUGUCCAAACCCCGGCCUCCCCGUUCUACCACACCUACACCGCGUCGCUCGCCGCCGCGGCGCCCGCCGUCGUCGUCUCAGUCGACUACCGCCUCGCUCCCGAGGACCGCCUCCCCGCCGCCUACGACGACGCCUUCGCCGCGCUUAAGGCGGUCGUCGCCUCGUGCCGCCCGGACGGCGCCGAGCCGUGGCUCGCGGCGCAUGGCGACGCCUCCCGCGUCGUCCUCGCCGGCGACAGCGCCGGUGGGAACAUCGCGCACAACACGGCCAUAAGGCUGCGGAAGGAACGCAUCGAGGACUACGGCGACGGUGUAAGCGGCGUCGCGCUCCUGCAGUCCUACUUCUGGGGGACAGAGCGGGUGGGCGGGGAGCCCACGGAUGCCGCCUACCGCGGCGAGUUUGAGCGCUUGUGGGACGUCGCCUGUGGCAGCCAUUUCGGCCCCGACCACCCUUACAUCAACCCGGCGACGUCGCCCGGGGAGUGGAGCCAGCUCGGGUGCGACCGCGUGCUGGUCACCACGGCCGAGCUCUGCUGGUUCGUGGACAGGGCGCGCGAGUACGCGGAUGGGAUAAAGGCGUGCGGAUGGGACGGAGAGGUCGAGUUCCACGAGACCAAGGGCGAGGAGCAUGUCUACUUGUUUAAGUCCGGCUGCGACAAUGCCGUCAAGGAGCUCGCCGUCGUGGCCGACUUCGUCGGGCGCUGUUGAGGUUGCUUGCUUUUCUGCUCGCCCGAUGAAUGAUUCAUCAGUAUUUUCUUUUUGAAGAGACAGCGCGAUUCAUCAGUAAUAAAGGAUAACAUAAUUGGCGAGUGAUAGGCGCCGAUCAACCGACUAAAAUUUGAUUAUGAGAUCCAGGCAAUCCAAAGUAGCAAUGUCAAAUUCAUAUAUUCUCGGAGUCAGCUGCUUUCAAAAUAAUUGUUGGAUCAUGGCGGCAAUGCCAAGACGCAGGGGAAUUCUUCCAACAUCCAAUGGAUACAUUCAAUAUCCCUGAACAUCUCAGGCCAACCUCAUGUAUUCCCUACUAAAAGUCUCUCUGUGUUCUAGGCAUUUGGUGCUCACAGUAAACCCUAACCAUAGGAUAAGUGAACACCUUCGUGCAUACUAUGAUUAUAUCUUCAGUCAUUCGAAGAUACUCAUAUGCAAACAUUCAAAAUGUUGCGGUCACCUUUUGGAAACAAGAAAAUCCUAGCGGACCGACAUA